UACCCAAAAUCCAGGUAACCUUCGCUCUCAUAAGAAAGAAAGUGAGAGUAAGGGACCACGUAGCUUAAAAGACCAUUAAAAGAUCAGUUAAUUAAGCAUGUACAAGUCGUUCAAUAUAAUAAUGAACUCGUUAUUAAGAAGAGCUGCGACUACACGAACGCCCUUGGUGAAUGUAGACAGGAGAUUAAGUUACGUCGAUAGAGUGAGAUAUCUGCAGAAACUCAAAGAAGAAGACACAGUUUGCUUAUCACAAGUACCCAGAGGAAAGUUUCUAGUCUACAGCCGCAGUAAACCCCUUAUAUGUGUGGAUAAAGCCAACACUGACAAUGCUCUUGUGUGGUUAUCGUAUGGAGAUCUGAUUAAGUAUCACUCAGAAGUUUUAAACUCCUGUGUCUUGUUAGAUGUUUCUGAAGAUGGGACACCACGAUACAGUGUGCAGGUUGGAGCUCUGGCAACAGAAAUACAGGAACAGAUGGAAGAUUCUACCAAUGCUUCCUUUACUGAUUUGCGAGCAGCCCUAUUCAUGGUCAACUGGAAGGAAGCCCAUGUCCUAUCCAGGGCAAAUUGUGUCCUUAUGUGGAAUAAGAACCAAGCCUUUUGUGGCAAAUGUGGCUCACCUACUCAGAGAAAUGCUGCAGGCUAUUCUCGAAAGUGCAGCAGCUGUGGGAUGACACACUACCCGAGCUCAAGUCCAGUGGGCAUAGUCUUGGUCACAGACCCUGAGGAGGAGAACAUUAUCCUUGUGCGACAACCACGGCACCCACCUGGGAUGUACUCGUGUAUUGCUGGCUUCUCUGACGUGGGGGAAAGCCUAGAGGAGACAGUACGCCGAGAGGUUGCGGAAGAAGUAGGAGUAGAGGUUUCAUCUGUGAAGUACGUUGCAUCUCAGCAUUGGCCGUUCCCAGGGUCACUUAUGGUCGGUUGCUUCGCAUUGGCAGAAAGGCAGGAGCUUUCCAUCGACCCCCAUGAGCUGCAAGAUGCACACUGGUUCAGCCGUGACGAGAUCACAGCUGCCAUUGAGAGAAUCCAGACAAACCCUCUGCUGAGACUGAGAGGCAACCCCUCUGGCGAACUUUUCAUCCCUCCCCCAGGUGCCAUAGCCUACCAUCUCAUAGCACACUGGCUUAAGCGCACACCUGUUCAUGAGAUAUACCAGCAUAUUUACUGAGGGCUUUGUAAGGGGCAUGUUGAAAGCAGUGGCUUAAGAGCAGUGGCUUGUUCUUAUGUUAGGUUUGUGUUCAAGGAUGCCAGCUGUGUAGUUCAUAAUGUAAAUGAUGUAUAGAUAAAACUGUACCAAGUGUAUUAUUUAACUGCUGUUUUUAAGGCACUUUAUUUUUCUUAUGUAUCAGAAAAAAGUAUUUUAAUAUAUUUAAAUUUUGGAAAACAAAAGGUUUUGUUUUGUCACUUAAACUGAUAAGUGUUUGGAAAAUGUUAAAUAUUGAUGUGGAUCCCUCUUUUCUUAGAUAUAUUUCUUUCACCAUUCAUUAGUAACAAAAAUAUAAUUGCUUUUUUGGGUUUGUAUCUUCCCUCCAUCUGGCCUAAGGUGCUGUUAAAAUGCUUUUUUAUCUUUGUAAAUAAGAUCUGGAAUUUAUCCAGAAUACUCAAAAGUAAGACAAAGUGUAGGGAAAAUUAGUAAUAGUAGUACUACGGUAGCAUAUUACUAAUGGUGUUAAGAGUAGAAAAAUUUAAGAGGAAUCAUAAUAUAUAGGUAAAUAACUGAGUUGUGUACAGAACAUGGGAGGGAAAUUCUUUACCAGUAGUAUUUAUUGUCAGUAUAAGAUUAUCAUUGUUAACUCUUCAUUUUUGUUAGCAUAUAGUACAAAAUACAAAGACUUUAACAGUCAUGAGCAUCACAGGAAAUUGCUAAGAGAUUUGGAACAACCUCAAGAAUUAAAGAGAAGAAACUGAAAACAUAAUUUGUUUACAUUUCUUUUGGGCAUUACAUUCUUAAAAGGGUUGUAAAGGAUCUUUAUUGUCAGCUCCCAAUCAUUACACAAAGUAUUUACUAAAUUUUAAUGCAUGAGCAGGUAUUUUGGUGGUCUUUUGGGUUAUGUAGAUAAUAUAUAUUUGUAUUUUUCAGGAUUUUAGGUCAAGUGAUUUAAUUGUAUUUCGUAUUUUUCUUCGCAAUUUUGGAAGCGUUUUAUUUAUUCAAGGUAAAGAACAACAUUAAAGUUUUAUAAUUGUUUGAAAUUUUUGGAGCUUCAUAGAGUUUAGAAAGUCAUAGUAAAUAAUAUAGGAAGUUUUCCCUAAAAUGUUGAAAUGGCAGGAGUAACCUAGGAUUCACUAGCCAUAUUCCCAUAUGCAUCUUAAGUAGCAAAAAAAAAAAAAAACGAAAAAAAAGUGCUAAUCUGAACAUUUUUGCUGCAUUUUUAUUGGGAGUGAUGGUUAAAGUUCCAUGUUUGAACAGAAAAAUGCUCAAGAAAGCAAUUUUAUAUGAACAAUGUUUGUAUAUAAAAAUAAUAAUAAUUUCUCUGUCUGCUUUUACAUUCAGAGCAACUAUAAUUUCUCACUGUUUACUAAAACAUUUUUCAAAAGCAUGAAAAGUCUGAAAACCAACUUACCUUUCACAAGAAUUUGCUUAUCGUCAUUUAUAUUCAUUUUCAGUAAAACAAAGUAAAUUACAAUCAUAUUCUAUGUUAUUUCAUUUUGAUAAAGUAAAUUUUUUUCAUCUGAGCAACCUCACAUUUUAUGAGCAUUCACAAACUUGAUUGGUAUAUUUUAUAUGUGUGAUACUUCUCAAAAUAUGGAUACACAUAAAAGUUUUCGAGGGCCGUGGACUAUCAUCACUUAAUAAAUCACAAACGGUAAUUUAGAAUUACAGUUAUGGUCAUGUAAUGUAGUAAAGGGGUUAGAUUGAUUAUAACAUAUGAACUGAAUUUUUUCAUUGAACUUAUUUAUUUUGCUUCAUAUUUGUGAGUGUCAUAAAUUUAUGAGUGUAUAUGUGUUUUUUGUAGUAAAUAUAUUUAUUUUGUCUCAUUCUUCUUUUUAUUGUUACUGUUGGGUCUUAUACUUUUGCUGCUGUUGUUAAAAAGAUUAGAGAAAAAAUGUAAAUUUGGAAUAUGACUGAGAAAAGGUUAUAUGACUCCACUGCAUUAUUUAAUAUUAUAAGGAGAAUCUCAUAUGAGACCGAUGUAAAAAAGUCUUCCAUUUCCAUUCUUCCUUUUGUUUAGUUAUUAUUAUUUCUCCUUCUCUGGUCAUGAAAGUAUUCAGUUGUUUUCUAUCAGUUUACUUAGAUAUGGUGAUGAAAUCAUUACUUGUGUUUUUUUUUAUUGAAGUAUAACGUUAAUGUUCUUUUAAUUUGGAAGACCCUAUGAAGAUGCAAGGUAUGCUGUACUUCUAUGCUGUUUAAUAUGCUUUAAAGAACAUACUUGAAGCCAUAUAGAGCAUCAUCACAAUGUUGAUGCUCAGGCAUAAGCAAAAAAAAAUAUAUAUAAGUAUAUCUUCAUGGCUGGAUGAAAUAAGUUAGAUGAGUUUAAUAAUGAUAAUAAGGAACUUAUGAAGAAGGGCAAAGAUUCUGUGUUUCAGCAUGUAUCAUGAAUUAUUUAUCAAACACUAUUUUAAAGUAAAUAAUAAACAAACAAGAAGUUGAAGAGUGGCACAGGGCAGCCCUGCAGUGUGUAUCUAGUCUCCUGUAUAAUUGUUGUACCCUUUUCUCAAUGCUCAUUCACUUUGAUGGUGGAACGUAUGGUAUUUAUGUGUGCUCAAAAAUGUAAUGUUCAAAAGAAGACUUUAGAAGUAUUGAGGAAUAUGUAUUAAAGUAAUAUUUAUUAUUUAUUUAUUUAUUUUAUUUUAAUGUGUAUUUGGCCAAACAUUUUAGUAAUUUACUGAUGUUGCACAAGUGUUGUAUAUAUAUAUUUCCAUCUUAAUUCCCAAAUGAUAAAUACAUCAGGUAAAAAAUCAGUUUAAGUAUAUAUAUCACUUACUGUUAUUGCAGAUUCAUAACAAAUUAUAUAUCAGAGCAAUAUUAUGAUUUUUUAUUAUCUUCAGUACACUAGCAUAGACAAAUUUUAAUAUCUGCAAGGUUAGAGGCUUUAAAAAAAGCUAAAACAAAUCUGUUAUGCACAAAUUUAGUGUGUAAUAGAAUAGCAGGCUUUAUAUAUUGGAUAAGUGCAAACUUCUUCAACUUUUUUUUUCAACUGCUUAAUGCUACCAAUAAUUUUUUGUGUGUGUGUAUUUGUAUGGUUGCUUGAAUAACUGUAUUAUUUAAUGCAGAAAUGUAUUUGUUAGAAAAAAAGUAAUAGAUACUGGAAUUCACAGUAUCUGGAUGUUAAUACUUUUAACAGAAGUUGAGAAUGCAUUAAUGUGGUAAUGUAAUUAGGAAAACAAAAAUUUAACAGAAAUAUAACAAUAGUGUACAUGAAUGGAGUCAAAAUGCUUAUUAUUAGACAACUUGAGAAAAAUAUGAAUAAUUGAUUGAAUCCAUAAAACACUGGAAAUAAAUCCACACUUCAGUUGCUUUUUUUUAUUGAAAGUAAUAAUGCAGGUCAUCAUUAUUCAUAUCUUUUUCGUGUGUGUUGUAAUGAGUCAUGUUAGAGUUCUUGGCUCUGAAGUGGUAGUGGGUGAUAUAUGUUAUUAAUUUUAUUUAUGUAUGUAGUUGCUAUUUAUUUAGUUACCAGAGUUCUUGUGGAACAUUUCAUCUUUAUUUUGUGUUACAAGUAAGAUUCUAUUAACAUGUUGAUGCUAGAAUUGCAUGUAUACUGGUUUUAUUUAAUGAUAUAUAUUUUUUUUGUUAGUUAUUAUUUUACAUAUAAAAGGAUCCACAUGCACUUAGUUGCUAAAGAGUGAAUUUCAAAGUUUACCUAACCUCAUGUAUUUACCCCACGCUGAUAACUUUAGUAAUGAUAGCAGAUGUAAAAGUUUUUCUUUAAAAUUAGGAAUGUGGUUAAUAAGUAGGCUCUAUUAAUGACCCUUUGGUAGCUAAAUGGUUGUGGAGCCAUAUAUGUGCAAAUCAGAAAUUAUAUAAAAAGCAAAAUCAUAGUGGAGAGUGUAUAUUUCUGGUAUUAAUGGGUUGAUUUUAAAACUUGCAUCUCUUUAUAUGAAUUUGUUUUUUAUUUUGUGUUUGAGGUUGACUUGUUACAGAGAGAUAAUUGUUAUUAUUUCAGUUGUUUUUAAAAGUUUUUAAAGUUUUUUAAAGAUGGGAUUCAUGCAGGCAGAAUUUUCCUCUAAAAUGAAGGUUUAGAAAUGUUUAUAGUCAAGUUAAAUAAAGUUAUAAUAUUUACUCUUGUCUCAUAAAAAUACAUUUCAUGCUCAGAGUAUUUGCAUGCAUACUAAUAUGCAUGUAUUUUGUGUGUUUGUUUUUACUUGAAUGCGUAUGUUAAUUCAUUAUCUCGUAUGGUUGUGUGUACAGUGUAUAUACUGUAUAUAGGUAUAUAUAUGCAUAUUCAUUUAUGUAUGCCUACAUUAUGUAUUUACAUAAGUGUUCUUAGUAUGGGAACCAAACAAUAAAAGAAUGUGAUUUUGAAGAAGUGUCCUGUUAACUUUACACAUCAAUAUUAUUGAGGCUUAUUUCACUUGAAUUUCAUAAAACAGACAAAUUGUUCGCUAAUCAGAGGGUGCAACAAUGUUAUUUAUAUAGUUUAUGUAAAUGUAUUAAAGUGUUGGCAUCUCCAUAACCUUAAUGAAGAAAGACAAUGUAUAUGAAAUUGAGAUUCCUGCAACUAAUGUAAUAAUUUUUAUUUUGUUAUUUUUCACUGCCAAGAGCUCAGGGAGUCUUUCAAAUAAAUCCUGUAAAUUAA